UCAAAUCCUUGAGAAACAGAGCAGCAGCUAAAUUCAGUAGGACACUCCAAAUCUCCAAAACAAAUCAACAAUGGAAGAUCUCUGGAAGCGAGCCAAGGGCUUCGCGGAGGAAGCGGCGAAGAAGUCGCAAACCAUCACCACCGCCUCCGCCUCCGCCAAAAUCUCCGACUUAGUCUCCGAGACCGCCAAGCGCUCCCGCGAGUUCGCCGCCGAGGCCUCCAAGAAAGCCGACGAGAUCAAAUCCGCCGCCCUCAAACAAGCCGAUCAGAUCAAGUCCCUCUCCGUCUCCGAGAUCAUCCCUCCUCAGCUCUCCAACCUCUCCCUCUCCUCCUCCGCCGCCUCCUCCUCCGCCUCCGAGCCGUCGGAGGUGGAGCUUCAGAAGCUUGGAGUCUCCGAUGAUCUGAGAGACUUCGUCAAGGGGCUCACGUCCGAUACCUUCAAGCAUUUCCCGAUCCAAGAUGAGGCGGAGGAGGUUGCUGACGUGGCGACGACGGCGUCGAAUGUGAGGAAGGAUCUGACUGAGUGGCAGGAGCGCCAUGCUACUCUGGUUCUUACUACUGUUAAGGAGAUUUCAAGGUUACGAUAUGAACUGUGUCCGCGUGUUAUGAAAGAGAGAAGAUUCUGGAGGAUAUAUUUCACCCUUGUGAGCAGUCAUGUGGCUCCGUAUGAGAAGCGGUACAUGGAGGAGUUGAAGCUCAAGGAAGCAGAGCAAUUGAAAGAUGAUAAAGCGAAGCAAACACCUGUGGUUGGAGAGGCUGACAAAGCAGAAGCAAGCGAAGCAAACAGGAAGAGUUUGACUUCCAAAUCUUCAUCAACUGAGCAGGACUUGGAUACAUUCCUUUUGGGGGAUCUUGAAGAGGACAGUGAUGGGGCUCAAGAUGAUGGCAAUGACAAUUUUGAUGAUGAUUUUGACAAGAUUGACGAUUUGGAUGUUGAUGAUGAAAAGCCGAAGAAAUGACAUCUGCAGCUGAUCAUAAAGUUGCUACUGGAGGACAAUAUGAAGCAGAACGCGACAUGGUUCUGUAACAAAUGGAUUAACCAUGGAACUACUACCCAGCAAAAGGAUUGAACACAAAGCUAUUUUCCAACUUCCAUCAUCUCUUAUAUCUUAUUCUUUUAAAUUUCCUUUGGGAGUUGUAGAGUUGAUUACUUUGUAGAACUUGAAGAAUGUCACCUCAUUAAGGUCAUUCGUUGUUAUAUUUGUCUCAGGGAGUGAUGGUGUAGAGUUGGUGUUACCCGUUCGUAUCUUAACGGGUCGAUCAAACUGCCUGCCUGUGUACAGUUGACCUGAUUAUGUUGAAUAUAGUUUCUAUACAUGCUCCGUAAA